CUCCAAGCCAUCCAUCCGCCCUCUCUCUCAGCUUUUCCCGACUCACUCGUCCUUGUUGGUACACACACACACACACACACGAGAGAGAGAGAGAGAGAGAGAGAGAGAGAGAGAGAAGAUACAGAGAGACACACACACCCAGAGAGAGAGCUAUAGAGAGACUACAAUGCCCGGUACAACCAGUUAGAAGCCCCGGACCGCCGCUCCAGUCUGCUUAGCCCGUCCUCCCUCUGCGUCCGUCUCUCCGUCCGUCUGUCUGUCUGCUGCUUUACUCGCGAGAAUGGCCGGCAGCCUCCACGCCCAAAUCACCGAGUCGCUGACGCCCGGGCGCGUCUUCGGCUCCAUCUUGUUCGUCUUUGUCGGCCUCCUCGUGCUCGACCACAUCUGGAAGCCGACGUACCCGGAGAACAUCCCCGUCGUCGGCUACGGCAAGGGCACUGUCGCCGGAGUCAAGAACUUUUGCUACUACGUCUUUCGCUACCGCGACUGGGUCAUUGAGGGCUACCACAAGUACAACAAGCAGAACCGCGCCUUCGUCGUCCCCGCUGCCGCGAGCCGGGCCCCCGACAUCAUCAUCCCGCGAUCCCUCACCAAGUGGCUGCUCGAGUACCCGGACUCGGCCGUCUCCGCGCACGAGGCCCACAACGAUGUGCUCUACAGCGACUACAACUUCCUCGGCAAGGUCUACGCCGACGACGUGUGGCACACGCGCGUCAUCCACAGGAGCCUCGCGCGCCACCUCGGCUCCCUGGUCCCCGGCAUCGAGGAGGAGGUCUCGGUCGCCGUCGACGAGGCCUUCGGCACCGACACGGACAACUGGAAGACGCUGAGCCUGUGGGACGCCUGGCUGACCAUCGUGCCCCCCGUGACGAACCGCAUCCUCGUCGGCGAGGGCACCUGUCGGAACAAGGGCUUCUGUAAGGCCAUGGUCUCCUUCGUCGACCAGGUCAUCCUCAACUGCUUCGCCCUGCACAUGGUCCCGCAGAUCAUGCUGCCUAUCCUCGGGCCCCUGAUUACCUUGCCUAACUGGUGGCUGUGGCGCAAGGCCGCCAGGCACAGCCUGCCCGUCAUACGCAAGCGGCUCGACGACAUGGCCAAGAAGGAAGCCGGCGACCCGGCCUACGACACCUGGGCCGCGCCUGAGGACUUCAUCACGUGGGAUAUCCGCAUGGCCAAGGCGGAAGGCAACCGCUUCGAGCUCGAUCCGUACGUCAUCUCGAAGCGACUCUUGCCCAUCCAGUUCGCCGCCAUCCACACGACCGUCAUCACCGGUCACGGCAUCGUGCUCGACCUGCUGAGCUCCGACCCGGCCAAGGGGUACAUGGACGGCAUCAGGGAAGAGGCGGCGCGCGUGCUCAAGGAGGAGGGCGGCCGCUGGACCAAGAACGGCCUCUCGAGGCUCUACCGCCUCGACAGCGCCAUCCGCGAGAGCCAGCGGCUGAGCAACUUCAGCUGCACGCUGAUGGAGCGCAAAGUCGUCGCCGAGGAGGGCAUCACCAACGAGCAGGAGGGCUGGCACCUCCCCAAGGGCACGUUCCUGACUGUCAACCUCGAGGGCCUCCACCACGACGACGACGUCACCCCCAACGCGCACGAGUACGACGCCUUCCGCACGAGCCGGCAGAGGGAGGAGUACGAGGCGAAACCCCAGGCGGAGAGGAGCCUGGAGGAGGGCCUGAGGCUCAAGAACCUCGGCAUGGUGACGACGAGCGACGCCCAUCUCCCUUUUGGCCACGGGCGGCACGCAUGCCCCGGCCGCUUCUUCGUCGCCCACGAGCUGAAGAUGGUGGUGGCCAACCUGCUUCUCAACUACGACUUGAAGCCGAUAUCCGAACGGCCGAAACCGCAGUGGGUGGGCGUGACGGUGGUGCCGCCGAUGGACGCAAAGGUUGAGCUGAGGCGGAGGAAGGGCACCUUGUAGAUGAGAAUACGGUGGACGCAGGUAAUGAAUCAAUCUUUGAGAACCCAAGUAUGGCCGCAACGAGGAGCUAGACGUCGGGGUUUGGAGACAAACCCCCGGCCAUCAUCCGUGAGUUUUGCCGCUUGCAGCGUCUUCUCCUCUUCGCUUUUCCUGUUUCGAUCACGAACAUCAAGCCCAUUUCGUGGCCCUCCUCAGGUCAGUCAGGUUGAUAUUGAAUUAC